AUGUUGUCUCAGAAGAAUAACGUUCCGAGGUUUUUGGAUCGCUAGUCCAACAGAACAGAAUAUUCAUCUAAUCCGACAGUGAGUUGUGAACAUGCAAUUCCGAAAGUUAUAGAGAAAUCUGACGUGAAUGGACGCUCUUCUCUCUCAUCGAGAAAUAAGUUUAUUGACGGACUGUUGCUUUCUGGCUACCUUGAGAAGACACAAAUAACGAGAAUGAAUAUUUAAUGGAAAAUUUUCCCGUGUAAUGCAUCGUUCUGCAGGAUUAUUCUUCAUCCGGACGCUGAAAAGCCUAUCCAAGAGGAAUAUAUCGUCACUCAUUCUACGGCCGGCUACUCGAAAUUCGUCCCCCUUUUCGCUCUAGUUCUCAAGAAGAGGAUAUUCAACCAGUUUGACAGUGAGUUUUGUAUAUUCAUUCCUUGACGACUUAAGUCAGCUUGGGCACUUUUUCUCCAUCUAGCGUGUUUAAAAUAGAUCAAUAAAUUAUAGUCCUGCAGGACUCAAUCUUUCCGCGAAAGGAGCCUUUCCAAGACAACUUCAGCGAGGAUUCGCUGACGCAUCGUCGACAAGAUUUUUGAAAGGUUUGAAAACUCCUUUUCUUUGAAAAAAAUUUUUUUAAUCCCUUCCCCAUUCAGGCAAAAAAAUUUCAAAUAAAAAAAGAUAAAAAAAUAACAUUUUUUUGAAAAAAAAUCUUCAUCCAAUGAUUGAUGCGAUUUCACCUAAAUCUCAUUUCCAGGAGUUCACACGUGGGGGAGCUUCAGCCGGAGUGAGAAUAAAAUAUGACCAGUGCCCAUCGAAAAAGGACAAAUCGUGAAUUUCGAUGAGAAAGGGAGAAGCUCUGAAAAAAGGCUGACCUCGUUCAUGAGAGAACGAAAUGAAGUUCAGGUGAGAUUUACCGUUUAUAGAAAUUAUUCAUCUCUGAAAUUCUUCUCGGAUAUCUAUCGGAAAAGUUUUCUAGAGAUGAUGGCCUGUUCAAUGGCAAAAUAUCGUCACUCAUUCUACGGCCGGCUACUCGAAAUUCGUCGCCCUUUUCGCUCUAGUUCUCAAGAAGAGGAGAUUCAUUCAAUUCUACAGUGA